CGCGACCCGGGCCUAAGGGAGAAGCGAGGAUCGUCCACACACACACGUUGUCGCAGAAGCAGACGAGCGACGACGAUGGGCAAGAGAGUCAAGCCAGGGACGAGGGAUAUCUACUAUGGCAGGGCGAAGUGUGCAGGUUAUCGUGCUCGAUCCGCAUACAAACUGAUCCAGCUCAAUGCCAAGUAUCAGUUCCUGCAGAAGUCCAGAGUAUGCAUCGAUCUGUGUGCUGCUCCUGGAUCAUGGAUGCAAGUUGCCAAAAAGUACAUGCCAGUGUCGUCCUUUAUUAUUGGCGUGGACAGGAAUAGGAUAGACCCCAUCUAUGGCUGCCUCUCCAUCCAUGGCGACAUUACCACAGAGAAGACCAGGUCUGAGCUGCGAGGUGCCCUGAAGACCUGGAAAGCAGAUGUCGUACUUCAUGAUGGCGCCCCAAACAUGGGUAAGAACUGGAUCUACGAUGCAUACACACAGAAUCUCUUGGUACUCCAUGCUUUCAAACUGGCAACUGAAUUCUUGAAUAAGGGUGGUUACUUUGUGUCGAAGGUCUUCCGGUCUAAGGAUUACUUCAAAUUGGAAUAUGUAUUUAAGAAGUUCUUCAAGAAGGUGGAAGCAACCAAACCAGAUGCAUCACGUUACGAGUCUGCAGAAAUUUUCGUGGUUUGUCAGGGCUUCCUUGCCCCAGAUAAGGUCGAUCCGGAAUUCUUCAGUGCCCAGCAUGUCUUCAAUGAACUUGACCUUGAACCUAAACCCAAGAUAAAUUUGUUAAGAACGAAAAAGACUCGUGAUAAGGCUGAGGGAUAUGAGGAAGGUGCAACCAUAAUCCACAAGAAGGUUCCAGUGUCACAGUUCAUUCAAGCAGAAAACUUCAUGGAAGUUCUUGCAGAUGCUUGGGAGUUAGAGUUCGACGAGGAAAAGGCAAAGCAACAUCCAACAACUACAGAAGAAAUCUUAGAAUAUUGUAAGGACAUCAAAGUUCUUGGAAGGAAAGAAAUCAAAAAGCUCUUAACCUGGAGGAAGAAACUGGCGGAUGAGCAUGCAAAGGCUCAAGAGGCAAAGAAGAAGGAGCAAGAGCAAAUACAAGAGGCUCAGAAAACACCAGAAGAGCUCAAACAAGAGGAGUUGCAGAAGAUUGAUCAGCAGAUUGCAGAAAUGGAGCUUUUAGCUGCCCAUGAGCAGAAGAAAGUACUCAAAAAGAGACAGAAGCUAGUGCAGAAACAGCUGCAAAGGUUGCGCCUCAGGACACUCAUUCCCGGUGACCAGGGGCCCAUAGAUGAGUCGGAAAAACAUGUUUUCAGCCUCAACAGACUGGGUGAAAUGCGCAGUGUCGAUGAGAUGGUAGACGUGUCCGCUGAUAGCGUUCCAAUUGAAGAAGAGGCAGCAAAGGAGAAACGACCAAAAUAUAGGAUGGUCAGACAAGGGGAAGAGGUUUUAGAUGAAACUGGAAGGUAUUAUGUGAAUCCCAAAGAUUUAGUGGUGGAGGAGGAGGAGAUGGAGGAUGAAGGCCUGGGUCUGAAAGCAGAUCCUGUGGCCAGAGCUCCUGCAGAUGUCAAAGACUUGAAAACUGGCGAGGACAAUCCUCUGCUGACUGACCUGGUUGGGGACCAGGAGGAGGCCAAGCGCAUUAGGAAGGCAGAGAUGUGGUUUAAUCAGGAUAUCUUCAAUGACGUAGAGAACGAGGUGGAUGAUGACGUUGGUGUUGAAUUAGCCAUCAGGGAAUACGAAUCCAGGGGAGGAGAGCUGUAUCAACAAAAGGAAGCAAAAGAGAAGAAGAGAGACAGGAAAGGCAAAAAGAAAGGUUCAGAUUCGGACUCUGACUCCGACUCUGACUCGAGCACAGACUCUGAGGAAGAAGUGUUCACUGAUGCUGAAGACCCCGACGAUGACGCACAGCCCAAGGCUAAAAAAGCAAAGGCUGGUAAGGAGAAUGAACAGCCACAGGUCGGACCGCAUUUAGCUGCUGGUGCUGCCAUCAGAGAAAAGGAUAGGGAGGUCCCACUUGAUCCAGAAGGCCUUGCAUUUGCAACAAAGAUGAUUCAUUCCAAGAAGACCAAAAGGGAUAUUAUCGAUGCUGGAUGGAAUAGGAACAUGUAUGGUGAUGAAGACUUGCCAGAAUGGUUUGUAGCGAGUGAAAAUAAGUACAACAAUAAACCCGUGGAAGUCGAUCCAGCUGACUUAAGAAUGUAUCGUGACCGUGAGAAGGCAGUCAAUGCCCGUACACUAAAGAAGGUAGUAGAGGCAAAGGCUAGAAAACAUCGCAAGGUGAAGAAGCACAUGGAAAAGGCAAGAAAGAAGGCAGAAUCUAUCGCUACCAAUGCAGAGAUGACUCAGAGGGAGAAGGUGUCACAGGUGAAAAAGUUGUACAAGGCUGCGAUGAGACCCUUGGAGAAGAAAGAACGGACCUACAUUGUGAUGAAGAAGACAAAUCAGGGAAGGAAGCCAAGAGGGGCCGGCAAGGGUCCAUACAAGCUGGUUGACAAGAGAUUGAAAAAGGAUAUCAAAGGGAAAAUGCGAUCCGAGAGCAAGAAGGGCAAGACAAAGAGAACUCCCAAAAAGAAGGCGAGGAAGUAAAUUUUAAGAUGAUAAAUAUUUCUCCUUUUUUUUUUUUUUUUUUUUUUUGUACAAUUAUAAGACUUGAAGGAAAAAAACAAGUAAGCAUUUUACUGUAAUAUUUGGUGUAGUGAUUAUUGUUGAAAUUAUUACAUAGUUAAUAAUUUAUAAGGUUGAGAGAGAAUGUUUGAGACUUUCAUAUAUUUUUUGUUGUAGAAUGAAUGACAAUACACAUGGAAUGUACACAGAUAAGAUGAACAAUGUACAGUAAUAUUUUCACAUUUGUAAAGAGAUUUUGUGGAAUCACAAAACUUGGGCUACUCUGUAAUAUCAAGUAUGAAUGUUUAUUAAAUUGUUUGAAAGA